UUUGAACCUAACAUGAUGAAAUAUCCAAUAGGAUUCUUAUUAAUUGUGAAUGUAUGUUUGGCCGCAAAAAUCAAACCGAAGUGCAAUAUGACAGUAGAGGACGCAGACAUGUGUGCAAAGAAACUCAUGUUUAUUGGCGAUAGAGAUAACAUUAUACCCGCAGAUGAACAACAAAUGGACAGUUAUUGCAGUCGUAUGAAUGAAGGGCUCCGUUGUAUCCGACACUACGCCCGGAGUUGUCUCCCGCCGUUCCCGCAACAGGUGUUUGGGAUGUUUGCCUACGAUUCCCGCACUGUUAUGAGACAUCAAUGCAGACAUACAAAAGACAGAUCAGAGUUUAUAAGACAUUCGGCAUGUUUUCUACCGAAGCCAUCAAUGGAACCGUUGCACCUCUGUAUGGAUCGAUACACUCUUCAUUUGGAUCUAAUCAGGACAAUGGACCCUGAUACUAAAAUAUCAGCCGUUUGCUGUGGUUUUCAUUUAUUCCAGGAUUGCAUUCAAAAGAGUACACAAUCUCUAUGUGAGCCCAAGACUGGUAUCGAAACCGCGGAUUACAUUAUGAGUAUAAUUAAUUCAAUGACAAACGAUGUGUUGGAUUUUACGUGCGGACGGUUUGAAAGUAUUGAGAAGUGCGACAAAUAUAUGGACGAAAAGGCUUGGAAUGCAUUAAAAGAGCCAAAAAGUACCGAAGAAAUAGUGACCGAAAGAGCGAAACAGAAAUUUGUUUCACCGAUUCCUGCAUUAGUGGCUGUCAUUACAAACUAUGAGCUC